AUGGAGAAGAAUAAUUUUGAUGCCGUUGUAACAAACCACAAGUUGCUAGUAGCUGCAGUAGGUUUGAAUCAGUGUAAGAGUUGGUUCAUCAAACAAUAUCUACCCGCUGUCGCAAAAAACAUUCUUAAGUGGUUCCAACGCCCCAUAAUCUCUUCGGCAGCUUACUUUCGCAUUUGUUUAAAUCAAAACCUGCAUAGUGAUAUUUCAAAUCAUAAUCUGAAGAACCCGGAAAGAGAAAAGUUUGUUCGCAAAGAAAUGAAGUCUGAGGUCGUCUUAAUGAUACUGACGGUGGCUAUCCUAGGGGUUGCAAUUGAUGGAUGCCAAUGCAAGGUUGUGCAGUUCAUUUUCGGAGAUUCACUCUCUGAUGUCGGUAACAACAUGUACCUCAGUAGGAGUCUUGCUCAGGCAAGCUUGCCAUGGUACGGCAUAGAUUUUGGCAAUGGACUGCCUAACGGCAGGUUUACUAAUGGCCGGACGGUUGCUGAUAUAAUAGGUGACAAUACCGGUCUACCAAGACCACCAGCUUUUCUAGACCCAUCUUUAACAGAAGAUGCAAUACUGGAAAAUGGUGUAAACUAUGCUUCUGGGGGUGGUGGCAUUUUGAAUGAAACUGGUGGCUACUUUAUUCAAAGGCUUUCUCUCAAUAAGCAAAUCGAGUUAUUUCAAGGAACGCAACAGCUGAUAACGAACAAAAUUGGGAAAGCAAAAGCACAGGAGUUUUUCCAAGAAGCUCGAUAUGUGGUUGCAUUAGGAAGCAAUGACUUCAUCAACAAUUAUUUGAUGCCAGUUUACAGCGAUUCCUGGAAAUAUAAUGAUCAGACCUUCGUUGACUAUUUAAUGGGAACUCUUGAAGGACAACUCAAACAAUUGCAUAGAUUAGGAGCACGGGAGCUGAUGGUUUUCGGGUUGGGACCAAUGGGUUGCAUCCCUCUCCAAAGGGUCCUAAGUACAACUGGGGAAUGUCAAGAUAGAACAAACAAGCUCGCUAUAAGUUUCAAUCGAGCUUCAGGCAAGUUAUUAGAUAAUUUGUCUUCCAAACUUGCAAAUGCGAGCUUCAAAUUUGGAGACGCUUAUGAUGUUGUUGACGAUGUCAUCAGCAACCCAUACAAAUACGGAUUUAAUAACUCGGACUCCCCUUGCUGCUCCUUUGGGCAAAUACGACCUGCGCUUACAUGUGUUCCUGCAUCAACGUUGUGCAAGGAUAGAAGCAAGUACGUGUUUUGGGAUGAAUACCAUCCAUCAGAUGGUGCAAAUGAGUUGAUUGCAAAUGAACUUAUCAAGAAAUUUGGAUUUGCGCAUGUCAACGACACGAAUUCUCCAGCCUCAGCACCAUCACCUGUUAUUGCCCCAUCCCCAGCGGAAUAA